AUGGCAUCCGAUGCUGUAUUCGUACUGCCAGGCGAUAUAAUUGAUCCAUCUCUCAUUCCUUCACAUCCUAAGAAACCUCUGCGGCUCGGUCCUGGCCUACGACAUGUGCCUCCAAACGACAUCGUUCCCACACUCGCUGGCCAACUUGUGACUGACCGGCAAAAGAAUGCAAUUCGGGUAGAGAAUGCUCGAGGAAAGUAUACCCCUCGCGUUGGCGAGCUUGUCAUUGGAACCGUCCAGCGCAGCGCCGCCGACCUAUUCUAUGUUACUCUCUCCGACUAUACUGCGCCUGCUCUUCUACCACAGCUCUCCUUCGAAGGCGCCACAAAGAAGACCCGUCCACAACUUACCGCGGGUGCGCUUGUGUACGCACGGAUUGCUCUCGCCAACCGUCACAUGGACCCAGAGAUUGAAUGCGUAUCUUCUUCAACAGGGAAAUCUGAGGGUCUAGGCCCUUUAACAGGCGGAAUGCUCUACACCGUUUCACUUGGAAUGGCUCGACGUCUGAUGAUGCCCAAGAGUGUGCAAGAAGGCCGAGUUGUGGUGCUGGAAGAGCUUGGUAACGCGGGUCUUCAAUUUGAGACAGCAACAGGGCGCAAUGGCAAGUUCUGGGUCGACAGCGAGAAUGUGAAAACGGUCAUUGCUGUUGGAAGGGCAGUGCAAGAGACAGAUGAGAAGAGAUUAGAUGUGGAAGAACAGAAGAAGCUCGUCAGGAAAAUCAUCAAAGACCUGAGCUAA